UUAUUUUAUUCGCAUCCUUUAUGUUUAUCAAAUAGCCACAUUAAGGCACAAAAUUCCUAUAUAAUCAUGCCGAGUCUGUGCGGUAGCUUUUGUCAGGCCACAACAAAUGGAUGUGGAGACUGUUCUUCAUAUGAAAGGAGGAUUGGGAGAGACAAGCUAUGCCCAGAAUUCUUCAAUUCAGUUCAGAAGAAGUUUACCGAUGGUAUGAAGCAUGUCGUCAUCGACGCAGCCAUCGACGCGUAUCUUUCAGAGACUCCCCGGUGUUUUAAAAUGGCGGAUUUGGGAUGCUCUUCAGGAACCAAUGCGUUAUCCCUGAUUGGGGAUAUUGUGAAUGCCAUUGAUGAGAGAUGCCAUGAGAAAACAAGGCAGGUUCCACAGUUCAUGGUGUUUCUUAAUGAUCUCCCCGGGAACGAUUUCAACUCAAUUUUCAUUAGCUUCUCAGAUUUUGGUAGUAGGCUCAAGAAUGUUCGAAGGAGAGAUGAGUUCCACUCGGUUUUCAUGGCAGGAGUUCCGGGGUCCUUCUAUGGGAGGCUGUUUCCCAGCAAUAGCUUGCACUUCAUUCACUCCAGUCAUAGUUUGCAUUGGCUCUCCCAGGUUCCUCCUGGCAUUUUUAAUGAAGAAGGUAAAUCAAUGAAUUCAAGGAAAAUAUACAUAUCUAAAACUAGCCCUCCUUCUAUAGCGAAGGCCUACCACCAGCAAUUUCAAAAAGAUUUUGGUUCGUUUCUCAAGUCCAGAUCAGAAGAAUUGGUUUCUGAAGGACGAAUGGCAUUGAUUAUGUCAGGGAGGGACACCAAAGAGCCGUGCAAUAAGAUGACAACUCUCUUGUGGGAACUAUUGGCCAGGUCUCUUUCCAUCAUGGUUGCGCAGGGAGAAAUUGGAGGAGAAGAUCUAGAAUUAUAUAAUGCUCCAUUCUAUGGUCCAUCUCUAAGGGAAAUAGAAUAUGAAGUGCUGAGGGAAGGCUCUUUUACGGUUGAAUACUUAAAGAUAUUCAAAGACAAAGUCGGCAGUGGAGAUGCUAAAAAGGAUGGAGCGGCUUUGGCAACGGCAAUAAGAGCUAUACAGGAGUCUAUGCUAUGCCAUUAUAUUGGUAGAGAAGCUAUUGAUCGUCUAUUUCACAUAUACAGUGAACUACUCAGUGAAGUAAUGCAGAAAGAGGAAAUAAUGGCAGUUUAUGCCAUUGUGGUUCUAAGAAGAUCACCUUGAGACUAUUAAAGAGGAGUCAUCCCUAGAAAUGUUAAGUGCAAAUUAUAAACAAUAGCUAAGAAUACCUCCUUGAGGUUGUUGAGCAUGUCAACCUAUAUCACUUAAAUUGUACUAUCGAAUGUGAAAAAAAUAAUAGUAUCUAGGUCAUAGCAUUUCCAAAUAAUA